AUGUCCACGGGGAGAGUCCUGCUUGGCUUUCUGCUGCUCCUAUCACUACAGCUGGGCAUCGGCCGGAGCCCUGACACUCAGGGGGCUCCUGUGGCAGAGAAAGAGUUCUUGUCUGAGCAGACAAGAGAUGCUGGAGGGACCUGCAGGCCGCCACUGGACACUCACCACCCCCAUGCUCGCUUACGCCGAGCCCCAGCCAGCCCCUGCCAACUGUGGAGCCUGACCCUACCCGUGGCGGAGCUGGGCCUGGGCUAUGCCUCUGAGGAGAAGAUCACCUUUUGCUACUGUGCUGGCAGCUGUCCCCGCGGAGCCCGCACCCAGCACGGUCUGACACUGGCCCGACUGCGGGGCCAGGGCCGAGCCUUUGGUGGGCCCUGCUGCCGGCCUACCCGCUAUGCUGAUGUGGCCUUCAUUGAUGACCAUCACCGCUGGCAGCGGCUGCCCCAGCUCUCCGCAGCUGCCUGCAGCUGUGGGUGA